AUGCCACUGCAGCUGCUGGACCUCCCCGAGGAGAUCCUCCUUAUGUGCCUCUCUCACAUGGCGCUCCCGGACAUCGCCGCGUGUUUGCAGCUGUGCAACUCAGCGCUGACCAGGCUAAUCCGCGAGGCGCCGGCGAUCCAGUUUCGCCUUGAGCUGACAGGGUAUGCGGUGGAGGAGACCGCGUAUGGCCACGUGGGGCCGCUCUUCAAGCGGCGGAAGGCGCUGAAAGAGCGGGAGGAGCGCUGGAGGACGUUUGCGCCGGGCCACCGUUGGGUGGUGACGACGCGCGACACGCCCGCCCUGUAUGAUGUCGGCGAGGACUGCUAUGCGCUCGCAUAUAAAGCUGACCCACAGACGAUGCUGGGUGUUGGGAUGGAGUACAUUUUCCUCAAUGAAGAGCCGGUGUGGUUGCAGCCGGCGGACAUCACGGAGCCAGUGUGGGAUAUUUGUUUGGUGUCGGAGUGGGAUCUGUUAGUGGUGGUUACUCUCUCGGUGGAAAACGCCGGAGUACGUACGAUGGCUGCACAUCUGCGGCAACUGUCGACUGGGGCAGUGCAGGAAGGACUAGCGAGGACAAUUGACCUGGCCAAAGUGCCCCAGGUUUAUGGUGUGCCACAUAUCCGAGUGGAGGUUGCGGGGUCCACGCUAGCAAUCGCGUGCCGCUUCCCGUUCAAUAUACUCGGCACGCGUGACCAGGACCUGCUACACCUAAUCCAUUGGCCGUCCGGCCGUGCAUUCGCGGCGGUCCCGUGCUCAGUGACGGGCUUCGUGUUCGUGCACGACACGCUCCUCCUCUUACCGAAUCCGCAGACGCACUGUCUCGACGUGCUCGCCCUCAAGCCUGGUCUCGACGGCAACUUGAAUUCUUAUUGCUGGAUACUCUCCUUCUGCCUGCCCGCCCUCCGCGUCGGCCACCGAAUCCGCUGGGACACUUUCGACUGCCGCGGCCAGCCUAACCCGUCCACUCAUUCCUUCGACCGCUGCACUACCCUCGCCCAGACCUGCUCGCCAUUCCGGUCCAAGCCAGAGCGGACGCCCAUCUUCCUCAUGUUCGAUACCGCCACGACUCCCACAGACGCUGACGUUGAGUUGUCGCAUACCGUGGUCGUCAUCGACCGUGCGCGGCUGCAGGGGCGCUUUCUGGAGAAUUAUCAGCACCCGGGGAAAGGCGCACCGGUCAGAAAAGUGCCUUUUGCAUACUGGGGCCUGCGCGCGUCGACGUGGCUCGACGUCGGGCCGGGCGGACUAAACCUGUCGGCGUACGCGGUCACGGGGUUCCUUGGCACGCGUUUUGCAGGGCUCGGUUCGAAUCAUGUGCGGAUUCUGGACUUUAACCAGACAAGUGUGGCACGCGUGUGCAAGCAGAUCAAGGCCACGCGGACUGACGUUCUCGCGGCCACGCACGCUACAAUCCGGGUCCAGCCGCCCGCCACCGGCGGCGCGACCCAGGAAGACAGUGUUUUCGCGGAGCGGCUCGGGGCAGCGCUGGGGUAUGUUGAAACAACUUCGCGGGAGGCCGUCGCCUGGGAGAGCGUGCAUCUGAGCAAUGCGUGUAUCUUGGGCGAGAAGGAUUCGGAUGUAGAAGGAGAGAGGGAGCUGCAUGUGCUGCACUUUGGCUGA